AAAAUAAACAGAUAAGGCAACCAAACGAAGGACACUCAGUCUGCAUUUGUUCGUCUCUCUCCCUCCUCUUCUCAACCGUAUAACUGCGGCGCAAAGCAAAAACAAAUUCAAAAAUGUUGGCAAAUUCAAUAUCUUCCUUAACUCAUUCUUGCCCACAUUCUUCUACACUUCCAUCUUCACAUUCUAAAAACUGCAAGAUUCUUCUAUCUGCUUCUGCUUUGUCUCGCUAUAGAACUUUUAAGACUCUCGCUUCUCUUCACCGUCUUCUUCCAACAAAUUCCCAUGGAAAAAAGUUCAAUGUUAGAGCUAUGGCUCAAACCCAUGUUUCUCAGAAGCAUGCCCAUGAUUCCCUUCAACCUUACUCUGUCAAAAUCCCAUUUGGAGACAGACAUAUCUUGGUCGAGACAGGUCAUAUUGGUAGACAAGCUAGUGGUGCUGUUACAGUGACAGAUGGUGAAACGAUUGUCUAUACUACUGUUUGUAUGUCUGAUAUACCGAGUGAGCCAUCGGAUUUUUUCCCUCUUUCUGUAAAUUAUCAAGAACGGUUUUCAGCGGCUGGUCGUACAAGUGGCGGAUUUUUCAAACGUGAAGGGAGGCCGAAGGAUAACGAGGUUCUAGUUUGUAGACUUAUUGAUAGGCCGUUGCGUACUACUAUGCUUAAGGGCUUCUACCAUGAAACUCAGAUCUUAUCUUGGGUUUUGAGUUAUGAUGGACUGCACCCUCCUGAUGCUUUGGCGGUCACAGCUGCUGGAAUAGCAGUGGCGCUGUCCGAAUUACCGCAUACAAAGCCAGUUGCUGGAGUCCGUGUUGGUCUUGUUGGGGGAAAGUAUAUUGUAAACCCUACAACUAAUGAGAUGGAAAAUUCUGAGUUGGAUUUAGUAGUAGCAGGCACAGAUAGCGCUAUCCUGAUGAUAGAGGGCUAUUGCAAUUUUCUCCCAGAAGAAAAGCUGCUGGAAGCUGUAGAAGUUGGACAGGAUGCAGUGCGGGCAAUUUGCAAAGAAGUGGAGGCUUUGGUUGAAAAGUGCGGGAAACCUAAAAUGAUUGAUGCGAUAAAAUUGCCUCCUCCAGAGCUGUACAAGCAUGUUGAGGAAAUUGCUGGAGAUGAAUUGGUACAUGCACUGCAAAUAAAGAAAAAGUUACCGAGAAGGAAGGCUCUUGUGUCAUUGGAAGAGAAAGUUGUAGAUAUUCUUACUCAGAGGGGCUAUGUUGGAAAGAGUGUGGCUACUGUAAUUCCCGAGACUCUGCCAGAUUUGUAUGUGGAUGAGGAGGAAGAUGAGGAAGUGGUAGUUGAUGGCGAAGUUGAUGAAGGUGAUGUUCACAUAAAGCCAUCUCCAAAAAAUUGCACUCCCUUGUUGUUCUCUGAGGUAGAUGUGAAGCUGGUUUUCAAAGAGACUACCUCAAAGUACCUGCGAAAACGUAUAGUUGAGGGAGGACGAAGAAGUGAUGGGAGAACUUCUGAAGGGGUACGUCCUAUCAAUUCUAGAUGCGGAUUGCUUCCUAGAGCACAUGGAAGUGCUCUAUUCACACGAGGAGAGACACAGGCUUUGGCAGUUGUGACCCUUGGUGACAAACAAAUGGCACAAAGAAUAGAUACCCUAGAGGGUGACGAUGAGUCAAAGAGAUUUUACCUUCAGUACUCUUUCCCCCCAUCAUGUGUUGGAGAGGCUGGACGAGUUGGAGCACCUAGUAGGAGAGAAAUUGGUCAUGGAACACUUGCAGAGAGAGCUCUUGAACCUAUCCUUCCCUCAGAAGACGAAUUUCCAUAUACAGUACGUGUUGAGAGUAACAUCACUGAAAGCAAUGGUUCUUCAAGCAUGGCGUCUGUUUGUGGAGGAUCUUUGGCACUACUAGAUGCUGGGGUUCCAGUGAAGUGUCCAAUUGCAGGGAUUGCUAUGGGUAUGGUCUUAGAUACAAAAGAAUUUGGAGGUGAUGGAACUCCCCUCAUUUUAUCAGACAUAACAGGUUCUGAAGAUGCCUCUGGGGAUAUGGACUUCAAGGUCGCAGGAAAUGCUGAUUGUGUUACAGCAUUCCAAAUGGACAUAAAGGUUGGAGGUAUCACAUUGUCUGUUAUGAAGCAAGCACUUCUGCAGGCUAAAGAUGGGCGGAAGAUUAUUCUAGCUGAGAUGUCGAAAUGCUUACCUCCUCCGUCAAAAACGCUUUCUAUAUAUGCUCCAUUAAUUCAUGUCAUGAAAGUCAGACCAGAGAAGGUUAACCUUAUAAUUGGUAGUGGAGGAAAGACAGUGAGGAGCAUUAUUGAAGCAACUGGAGUUGAAGCAAUUGACACACAAGAUGAUGGAACAGUCAAAAUUACUGCAAGAGAUUUGGAGAGCCUUGAGAAAUCGAAGGCCAUGAUUGCUAAUCUGACAAUGGUUCCCACCAUCGGGGAUAUUUACAGGAAUUGUGAAAUCAAAUCAAUUGCUCCUUAUGGUGCUUUUGUUGAGAUAGCUCCAGGACGUGAGGGGCUUUGCCACAUAAGUGAAUUGAGUCCCAGUUAUCUCGCUAAAGCUGAAGAUGCAUUUAAAGUUGGAGACCGGGUCGAUGUCAAACUUAUUGAGGUGAAUGAGAAGGGCCAGCUUCGCCUUAGUCGGCGUGCUUUGAUUCCUGAUACAGAUCCACUAGUACCCAGCACAAAGGCGCGACCAACUACUGCAACCCAAGAAAGUUCUGCUUCUAAGAAAGUUGAAUUGACAAAAGUCAAAGUAAAUGCUUCAAAGGAGGAUGUAUACCCUCCAGGGAAGGUUGUUAGAGAUGGUCCAUUCAUCAACAAAGAUAGGCUGAAGAAGGGCAGCAAAGCUAUGAGUAACGCUCCUAAUCAAAGUGAUAGUAGUGUGGUAAAUAAAGAGGGCUAAAAUUGGAUAGCUGGAGUAUUCAGCAGUCAGGCAUUCAUCUUAAAAGAAAGCAUUCAGAACACUGAUCAAAACUUGUCAUCUUUGUGCAACCAGAGUUAAAGGAAUUCUAUAGAAUGGAUAUUGCAAGCUUAAACAAGGUUGAUUUCUCAUCUCCAUACCCACAAGUUAUAGAUGGGGCCAGGAACUCAGCCGCGGCAUAGAAUGUAAUGGAAGCAGUUUACUGCAUCAGCGAGACUAAGAUCCCAAGUUGAACCCAAAAUCUUGCACCUUCAUGCCACCAUUGAAGUUGGUACAUGACUAGAUUGCUUGUUUAAUAGAUUUUACAUUUUCCUGUAUCUCCUACAUGGGUUUGUUUUGUUUUUGUUUUUUCCAAUUUAAGCCUUAGCAAAAUUGGCUUCAACUUUGGAUAUUUUGUUGUAACAUUGUGUAAUUUGAUGAAAUCUCCCUCAGGAGGCUAAGCGUAUAUUAUUAACAUAUAUAUAGUAUACAAGGUGAGCUAGGGUUUUCACAA